AUGUCCCGUCGCGUGAGCGCCCCCCGCGACCGGUGCUUGGAGCUGGAGCGCGUCAUCGCAGACCGAGCAAGGUCGGGGAGCCUUGGCGUCGACGACGCGCUCAAGCUGUUCGAUGAAUUGCUGCCCCACGCCAGGCCUGCCUCGGUUCGUGCUUUCAACCACCUGCUUACCGUUGUCGCUCGCGCCCGAUGCUCUUCAACCUCCGAGCUUGCCGUCUCUCUCUUCAAGCGGAUGGCCCGUGCCAGCUCCAACAAGGUGGCUCCUGACCUGUGCACAUACAGCAUCCUCAUUGGAUGCUUCGGUUGCAUGGGACACCUGGAGUAUUGUUUCGCCGCCUUUGGCCUCAUCCUUAAGACGGGCUGGAGGGUCAGUAACAUAGUCAUCAAUCAACUGCUCAACGGCCUCUGUGACAUGAAGAGGGUGGACGAGGCCAUGGACAUAUUGCUCCGACGAAUGCCUUAG